CCUAGUACCGGCGCCCCGCGUUGCGGCUGCACUGCGUUUGCGCGGUUGAAGGUCCAUCGCCGGCUCGGCACCGGAGCGACUAGUACACUCGGCGUGGCCGCUUCGGCGUCCCAUUCCCAUCUCGCGCAGCCUCCGAACGCCAUGACCGAAGCCCCACGCACGCACGCACCUUUGUUAUCGAUACUCUGCUUUACUCUACGCCUACGGAUUCGGCACGCGAGUGCAAAAAGCCACCCGCGUUUGACCUGUGAUCCAGCGCGUCUGCUCACGUCGCACGGCGCCGAGCACACAAGCGAGAGGAGGCUUGGGGAAAACGCGGAAGCUAGUCAAGAACCAUGUGUCUCUCCGCAAAAUUGUGCGCGGGGGAUGUGGAGAUCUCCGUGCGCACCGGACGUGAGCUGGUCGGAGAUUGUUCCAAGUCCUGCACCGGUCGACGGCUUUGUCCGAGGUUUUUUUGCGCGGAUGAUUCCCUCGGCGAAGAAGAAGGGUGCGGAAGAAGAAGAAGGAGAGGCUGCUGCUGAGACGGUGUUUUAUUCACCACCGUAUGCAGAUAACCGGUGAUACGAUUGGGUAUUGACUGGCAGGCAAGAUUCAAACUUCUAUCGUCAAAAAAAAAGGCGACGGAAGCAAGUUCCGGAUAAGCAGGAAGGGGAGACAAGCGUGCACAAAAGCUGCCGUAUGAACACCAGACAUCCC